CACCAGUAUCCCGUCAUGGCUGAAAUGUUGACGAACUGUCAAUUUUAGUGAAAUUUUCUUAUUUUCGCCAUGCCCAGUAAUUUGUGAGUUGUGGUUUUCUAAUGGAUAGUGUUGAAUUAUAUUUUUUCUAUAAAUAAUUAUAUAUUUUCACGAUGAACGGGUUAAGUUUCAGUGAACUCUGUUGCCUGUUUUGUUGUCCGCCAUGCCCGGGGAAAAUCGCUGCUAAGCUCGCAUUCCUACCUCCAGAACCCACGUAUGCAUUCACGCCCGACGAAGCGGGCUCCAAGUUCUCUCUGACGCUGACCGAGCGGGCAGAAUGGCAGUAUACGGAGCGAGAAAAGGAGAACAUCGAAGGUUUCUACUCGCGGACGACGCGGGGCAACCGCAUCGCUUGCCUCUUUGUUCGCUGCAGCCCUAACGCGCGCUUCACGAUACUGUUCUCGCACGGGAACGCCGUAGAUCUGGGACAAAUGAGUAGCUUUUAUUUAGGAUUAGGCACUAGGAUAAAUUGUAAUAUAUUCAGUUACGACUACUCGGGGUACGGGGUGAGCGGCGGCAAGCCGUCGGAGAAGAACCUGUACGCGGACAUCGACGCGGCGUGGCAGGCGCUGCGCACGCGCUUCGGCAUCAGCCCGGAGAACAUCAUCCUGUACGGGCAGAGCAUCGGCACCGUGCCCACUGUGGACCUGGCGGCGCGCUACGAGGUGGGCGCCGUGGUGCUGCACUCGCCGCUCAUGUCGGGCAUGCGCGUCGCCUUCCCCAACACCAAGCGCACCUGGUUCUUCGACGCCUUCCCCAGUAUCGACAAAAUACCGAAAGUUAACUCUCCAGUUCUCGUGAUCCACGGGACAGAGGACGAGGUGAUCGACUUCUCGCACGGACUCGCCAUCUACGAGCGCUGUCCGCGCGCCGUCGAGCCGCUCUGGGUCGAGGGCGCCGGCCACAACGACGUGGAACUGUUCAACCAAUACCUGGAGAGACUGAAACGGUUCGUCUCCGUGGAGCUGCUCAACUGACAAAGACUGCCGGCCGCGGGCCAGACUACUCAAGGUGACGACCAAAAUCCAGCAUCCACCCUCAGCUCCGGCACCACCAGCUCGGCCACCGAGAGGCUCCUCUAGCUAGCGGGGGCCGGGCCCAGCCGGGCCGGCCCCGUCAAAAACUGCAACCCCUCGCCUGCGCAUGCGCCCGCGCCGUCCGCGCCACCGCCCGCGCCGCGCAUCAGCGUCAGCGCGGCC